AUGUACAGUCGUUUGAGUUGUUUAUACAAGCAGAACAAGGAGAUGUGCAAGGAAGACAUUAUGAAUUUGAAAGGUAUUUACCAACAUCACAAGAUGUACAAGUACUACUGCUGCCUGAACAUGUCUUACAAGAAGUAUCACAAACUGAGCAAGUAGUUCCAAUAAUAAAAUAAUGAUCCACACAAGUUUAACAUACAGAGUUAGAUGUGCAAGUAGCACACUAACUAGGGCAAGCUAAGCAACUUGAUCCAGAUUUAUAAAACUUUGGAAAGCAAGUUGAGCAAAGAAAUCCACUGCUUCCACUACAAACUUGGCAAUUAGUUGAACAUGCACCACAUUGAUAAACUAUAGGGGUAACAUAAAAUCCUUGCAUACACGUGUUACAUAACAAAGGAAUUGUGCAACUUAUGCAAUUCGAUGAACAAUUCAGACAUUCGCCAUCUAUUUCAACUUAUCCUUAAUCACAACUCCAAGUUACUAAAAUAGUAUAAGGUAUCUUUACAUAAACAAUUCAUUAAAAUGAGAUAGACUCUAAACAUGUAGUCGCACAUAAAAAACAAUAAUAUUAUAUAUAAUAAGUUUGAUGAUGUAAUAAUGGUUUUAUAUAUAUUUGAUUACAAAACUAUUUAUCAUUUUAAUUAACUUUUAAAGACUUAAAUUAAUUGUCACUUGUAGAUUUCUACAUAGAAUUUUUUAAUUUCUUAAAAUUAUCAUUAUUAUACUCAGCAUGUAGAUUUGUUUAAUUGA